AUGAGGAAAUCAUGUUUUCUCUCGACAGUCUUAACAAUUCUCAUCUCUAUUUCAUCUGCAAUAUCACAGUCACCCGCUCAAAAUUUUCUCAAUUGUUUUUCUCAUAAUUCUCGUGCAUCUAAAGUAAUUUACACACCAAACCACACCUCAUUUUUAACCAUCCUCAACAAGAAAAUAAUUUACAAGAAAUUUCAAACAGCAAGCACACCAAAACCUUUGGCAAUUAUAACCGCAAAAGAUGCAUCUCAUGUCCAAGCAACAAUUAAAUGUGCCAAAAGUAACAACAUCCAAAUCAGAAUCCGAAGCGGAGGCCAUGACUAUGAAGGUUACUCAUAUGUAUCAGACGUGCCUUUUGUUAUAAUCGACUUGUUUAAUAUCAAUUCAGUUGAUGUCAAUUUACAAGAAGAAACAGCAUGGGUUGAUUCAGGUGCAACAGUUGGUAAGAUUUAUUAUAACAUUGCAAAGAAAAGCAAUUAUCUUGCUUUUCCUGCUGGGGUUUGUUUUUCUUUAGGUGCUGGUGGUCAUUUUUCUGGUGGUGGGUAUGGAAAUAUGAUGAGAAAAUAUGGUCUUUCUGUUGAUAAUAUCAUUGAUGCAAUAAUAGUUGAUGUCAAUGGUAACAUCUUUGAUAGAAAAUCAAUGGGAGAAGAUCUCUUUUGGGCUAUAAGAGGUGGUGGUGGAGCUAGUUUUGGUGUUAUUCUUUCAUGGAAACUCAAAUUGGUUCAAGUACCUUCACAAGUUACUGUUUUCAAUGUGAAAAGGAAUGUGGAUGAAGGUGCAACUGAUGUUGUUUACAAAUGGCAACUAGUUGCACCAAAAUUGCAUAAAGAUCUAUUCAUUAGAGUGCAACCUAAUGUUGUUCAAAUUGGUAAUGGGACAAAAAGUAUAGUGCAAGUUAGUUUCAUUGGUCAAUUUUCUGGAACAACUGAUAAGCUUUUAGUUUUGAUAAGUGAAAGUUUUCCUGAAUUAGGUUUGAAAAAAAGUGAUUGUUUUUCAAUGCCUUGGAUUAAUACCACUCUUUUUGCGUAUGGUAAACCAAUAGGUACUCCCCUUGAAGCAUUGUUAGAGGAACCCCAAGCAGGUUAUUUUAAAGGUCAAUCAGAUUAUGUGAAGAGGCCUAUUCAAAAGGUAAAUUUAGAAUCUAUGUGGAAGAAAAUGAUUGAAGGUGAGACUUUGUUUAUGCAAUGGAAUCCUUAUGGUGGAAGAAUGGAAGAGAUAUUGUCGUCGGAAACUCCAUUUCCUCAUAGAGCUGGAAACUUGUUCAAGAUUCAAUAUUUUAAUAGUUGGAUUGAUGGAUCUCCUGAAUCUAUUGAACGUCAUGUGAACUUUUCAAGGUCCUUUUAUAAAUUCAUGACACCCUAUGUUUCAAAUUCUCCAAGGGAGGCAUUUCUUAAUUAUAGGGAUGCUGAUAUUGGUGCCAAUCAUCCAAGUAAUACAACAAAAUUAGACAUUGCUAGAAUUUAUGGAAGCAAGUAUUUCAAAGGAAAUUUUGAAAGAUUGGUGAAUGUGAAAACCAAGGUUGAUCCUGAGAAUUUUUUCAGAUAUGAACAAAGUAUACCUACUAGGACGUAUUAA